CGCAUUGAGAAACACUGCAAUAAUAGAUCAGUGGUACCCAAUUUAUAAUUCAUCAAAUGGUUAGGAAUAAACAAUUGAAAAAGAACGAAACGAAAUGGAUCAAAUAAAGAUUCCAAAGGUAGAAAACGUCAGAAUUUUAGAUAAAUAUAGUAACAAUCAUUCUAUUGGUACUCUUUACUUAACAGUAACACAUCUUAUAUUUACAGAACGAAAUGGGAAGAAAAAAAUUUGGAUAUUAUAUACUCAUAUUGCAAAUAUAGAAAAACAACCAUUAACUACAACAGGUUGUCCAUUGUGCAUUAAAUGCAAACAUUUUUAUAUUGUAACAUUUGUCAUUCCAAAAGAACGAGAUUGCCAUGAUAUAUAUCUUACCUUAUCAAAAUUAUCUUGUCCAGUAAGUAUAGAAGAUCUUUAUUGUUUUCAUUAUCAGCCAAUUAAGGACACCUUACCACAGCACGCAGGAUGGAAUUUUUUUAAUGUGCAAAGUGAAUUUCAAAGACAAGGUGUUCCAAAUGAAGAAUGGUCUCUAACAUAUUUAAAUAUAAAUUAUGAGCUCUGCGAUACUUAUCCAAAAUAUUUAUAUGUACCUAGCACAUGUGCCAAUAGCAUCUUAAUAGGUAGUGCAAAGUUUAGAAGUAGAGGAAGAUUACCAGUUUUAACAUAUUUACAUUCCAAUAAGGCUGCUAUUUGUCGAUGUAGCCAACCUUUAUCAGGAUUCAGUGCACGAUGUCCUGAGGAUGAACAAAUAAUGUAUAAUAUUUUGCGUACAAAUAAUAGUUCUAAAUACAUGUAUGUUGUAGAUACACGACCACGAAUCAAUGCCUUUGCUAAUAGAGCUACGGGAAAAGGAUAUGAAAAUGAGAACUUUUAUGAUAAUAUAAAAUUUCACUUUUUUGGUAUUGAAAACAUUCAUGUAAUGAGAACGAGCUUAAAUAAAUUAAUAGAUUUACAAAGAAUGACAUCAAUGACUACAUUUUUAAAUAAUUUGGAAAGCAGUGGAUGGUUAAAACAUAUACGAUCUAUUUUAGAAACUGCUUGGUUUAUUGCUAGGGCAGUUUCAAACGGAGUUAGUGUGGUAGUACAUUGCAGUGAUGGCUGGGAUCGCACUGCUCAAGUAUGUUCAUUAAGUGCUCUAUUAUUAGAUCCAUAUUAUAGGACAAUUCAAGGUUUCCAAGCUUUAAUAGAAAAAGAUUGGUUGGCUUUUGGACAUAAAUUUAGUGAUCGUUGUGGUCAUAUUAACUGUGAUAAUAAAGAAUUAGCACCAAUUUUUACACAAUUUAUUGAUGCAACUUAUCAAUUAUUGUUGCAAUAUCCUCAUAAAUUUCAAUUCAAUGAAUUUUUCUUAAUAACUCUCCAUGAUCAUGUACAUAGUUGUCAACAUGGUACUUUUAUAGCAAACUCAGAAAAAGAAAGACAAAUUUUAAGACUAUCUGAAAGAACGUACUCUUUAUGGGGAUAUAUAGCAAAUAAUAUGCAUGAAUAUAUAAAUCCUUUAUACAAAUGUAAUCGAUUCAAUGAAGAUACUAGUUCUGUUCUUCAACCUAAAUUAGCACCACAAUGCAUCAUUUUAUGGCGAGGAUUAUACUUCAGAUUUGAGAAUGGUAUUCAUCCAAGAGAAACAUACGAAGAUUAUCUUUUAAUAAUGCAUGAUCAUACUAAUUGUUUAGAAGAUCAUGUUAAACUUCUUUUGAAGAGAGUCAAUUCCUUAAAUUCAUUGAAUUUAAAUAACAUCCAAAAAAGGGAGAUACAAGCGAAAUUAAAAUUCGAUAAUAAAUAUAUGAAAGAUCCAUUAUCUGAAACUAUCAUAGAGAAUACAAAUCAUGAAGAAAGAUCAAUGUGUAAGUUAAAAAUUAAUCAAUUACAAAAUGAACUAAAAACAGUUGCUUUAGACUGGAAGUUAUUUAGAAAUAUGGAAGAAUGUACAUGCUCUACAACAUUUGAUGCAUUUAACAAAAAGGUGAACUUAAAUAUAUAUUUAAAUAUAUACUUAAGAAUUUUAUUUAGAAUUAAUAAUUUAUAUUUUCUUCUUUCUUUCUUUAGCAUCACUGUUGGUCAUGUGGAGAAGUAUUAUGUACAAGAUGCAUGGGUGCACAUAGUAUUCUUGCUGGACACCAUUCACAACGCGCAGUACCUACUUGUAAGUCAUGUACGCAGAAUUCUAAUAUUCCUUCCACUAGUCCUUAAAUUGAUUCCUUUAAACAUUUAUUUAAAUUUAUAAUCUGUACCUAAAAUG